AUGGAGACUCAGCAGCUGGUGCCACCGUAUGAAGUCACGGUCCAUCACGCGUGCCGAUUGAAGAUAGAGGUGACCGAAGACCUCGAGGUGCUGAUCGCGUUUGGCGAUGGCGGAUUUCAUGUGGAGCGCCUGGACGAAGCGCGCUGCGUGGAUGGCCAACACCAAGUUUUGGUGAAGUGGCUUAGCCUUGACGAUGGAGAAUCGUCCUGGGAACCUGCGGCGAAUUUGCUGGACGACAUUCCAGUCGUAUUUCGCAAGUGGGCGGCGGCGAACAAGGAAGACCCUGCGGUGGCCGCCCUCAUCAAGACACUUGACUUUCCGUAG